AUGUCCGUUCUGCAGAUCGCGGUCCUGGCGUGCGCCGUGGCGGUCGCCAGCGCCGGGUUCUACCCCAGCGCCGCCGUCGCACUCACGGCGGCCAGCCUGCAGCAACAGCAGCAGCAGUCUCAGCUGCAGCAGCAGCGCGCACUGGCCGCCGGGGGCGGCGGGGCUGCCUCCGGGGGCGGCGGCGCGCCGGGGCAGACGCUGACGUACUACACUGCGGGCCCGGUGACGUACCAGCCCGCGGGCCCGCCGGCGGCCAUCGCGUACCACCCGGCGGCGCCGCUGGCUUACGCGGCGCCCGCCGCCGCCGUGGCCGUGCACCCGGCGGGCGGCGCCGUCGCCUACCCCGUGGCCGCCUACCACCCCGCCUACCCCGCGCUCACCAAGGAGGGCGUCGCCUUCCACCCGGGCGCGCCGCUCGCGCUGCACCCCGCGGCGCCCGUCGCCUUCCACACGGCGACGCCGCUGCUGUACCACGUGCCCGCCUCCGCGCACGCGCAGAACGCCGGCUCUUCCUCCGGCAAGGGCGACGGCGGCGGUGACGGCGGCUCCUCCUCCUCGCACUUCACCUUCGACGGCCUCGGGUACAACUACUCCUACUAG